UUGUAUUGUCACCCAGUCAUGUCAUUCUCAUUUCGGCUCGCAGCCGGAAUGUAAAUAAAUUCUGGUAAAAGAGAAAUCCCAUAAAAUGGGCAAGGAGAAAUCGAAAAAAAGGCGCAGAAGAUCGUCUACUUCCAGCUCCAGCAGCUCUGAUAGUGAUCGGGAAAAGAAAAAACUCCGCAAGUUGAAGAAAAAAAUUAAAAAGGAAAAAAAGAAGGCUGAUAGAGCAUUGAAAAAGAAAUUGAAGGAAGAAAAGAAAAGAUAUCUUAAGAAGAGAAGGAGUAAGAGUAGCAGUCGCAACCGCGAUGUGAACAAUGCAAAGGAUGGAGACGCGUCGGCCGACAUACCGCUAGAACUAAUGGAGAAGUCCAAGGCUAUGGCUCCAAUGACCAAAGAAGAGUGGGAGAAAAGACAAAGCAUAGUUAGAAAAGUUCUAGAUGAAGAAUCUGGCAGAUACAGGUUAAUAAAAGGUGAUGGAGAAGUGUUAGAAGAAAUUGUGUCACGGGAUAGACACAAGCAGAUUAAUAGACAGGCCACACAAGCUGACGGAGCAUUCUUCCAGUCUCAGACUGUGGAGAAAAAGUCACUAUAGGGUACAUUUGGAUUGGAGUGAAUCCAAAUUUCCAAUAUUGACACGGUUUUGCUGUUUCCUCUAUUGCAUUUCUAGUUUCUAAGAAUUGAAUGGGCCUCUUAACUAAAUGCACCAAGAUAUAUUUAUAUGCUUACAUUAUGUACCUAUCCUUGUAAGUUCAAAUUAAUUAAUAAAAGAACAUUAUCUAGGGAGUUAAAAUUCCUGCUUGAAAA